AUGGUUAAAGUGUUAGCAUCAGAAGUCAAAAGAUUCAUGACUGAAUGUCUGAAAAGUGCGGGUGCAAAAACUCGACCUGCAAAGCAGCAAGCUGAUCUAUUAAUUUAUGCUGAUAAAAUGGGCCUUGCCACCCAAGGACUUAAUAAACUAGAUUCUUGCGUGAACGACAUCAAGAGCGGUCUAUGUCUACCUAACAAUAAGCCGGUCGUAUUGAAGAUGGAACCGUCGGCGUCCUGGAUCGAUGCAAAGAAUGUUAUGGCGGCUACAGCAGGCCACUUCGCUAUGGAGCGAGCGAUUAAGAUUGCAAAUAAAACUGGAGUGGGAUGGGUACUCGCUACAGGAUGCAAUCAUGAUGCUGAGCCAUUUAGUUACUGGGUUAAACAAGCAACCGACAGAGGGUUGAUUGGUUUGGCGUUCAGUGCGUACUCUUCAUUUUUACAAGAACAGUUACAGCUUGAGUAUACUGAGCCGUUAUACAUCGGAAGUGGUAAGAAUGAGCUAGUACCAGUUAGCGACGUCCGAAUUGUUUAUGGAAAUCAAAAUAUAGAUGAGAGAAGCUUGCGGAGUCCAAUUAGCGAAAUUAUUUCAUCCGGGUACAAGAAACGAGGAUUUGAAACUAUGCUGGAGGUGUUGGGAUUUCCAGGCAAGGAGAACUUACAAUCUUGGUCAGCGGAACCAUUAACGAAAAAACUCGUUAACUCAUUCGUUGCCGUCAACCCAACUUGCUUCGCACUUGGCAUCGAUAGCAGAUAUACAAAAUUUGUUGAAGUAUGGAAACAAUGGGACGAAAUGGAUCCAAAACUGCCAGAACUCCUUGAAAAUAACGAAGGUGUAUUAACCUCUCACUUAGAUGAUCAAUCAUUAAGCUACAAGAUACAUCAAAUAAAUGCUAGUCUUAAUCUUGCUCACAAACUUGGUGUAAAACCCAUGGAGCUCCAAGAGGAUUAA